AUGGCCACGGCGGACGAGGCCGGCGGCGCGGUCGCCGGAGUUGAAGCUGGAGCGGGCGAUCAGGGUGGUGGCGGCGGUGGCUGUCUCGGGGAGGUGAGGAGGGCGGCGAGGGCGGUGCUGUUCCUGGCGGCCGUCGCGCUGCCGUGCCUCGUUCUGUACAGCGCCGCCGUGGCGCCGGCGGGGCGGUUCGUCCGGCCGGCCGCGCUGCUGUGGCCGGGCCGCACCGCGCCGCCGCCACGCAGCGACGUCGACCCGACGGAAGGUGAGGACGCGAGGCUGGAACGCGUGCUGAGGGCGGCGGCGAUGGCGAACGACACGGUGAUCCUGACGACGCUGAACUCGGCGUGGGCGGAGACCGGAUCGGUCGUGGACGUCUUCCUCGAGAGCUUCCGGAUCGGCGAGGACACGAGGGGCCUCCUCGACCACCUCGUCAUUGUCUCCCUCGACCUCGCCGCGCACCGCCGCUGCGAGCAGAUCCACACCCACUGCUUCGCGCUCGCCACCGACGGCGUCGACUUCUCCGGCCAGAAGAACUUCAUGUCCGAUGGCUACCUCAGGAUGAUGUGGCGCCGCAUCGACUUCCUCCGCCUCGUUCUUGCCAAGGGCUACAGCUUCGUCUUCACGGACACGGACAUCGUGUGGUUCAGGAACCCGUUGCCGCACCUGUACCACGACGGCGACUUCCAGAUCGCCUGCGACCACUUCACCGGCGAUCCGGACGACCUGAGCAACAGCCCCAACGGCGGGUUCGCGUACGUGAGGUCAAGCGCGGCGACGGUGGAGCUCUACCGGUUCUGGUACGCGGCGAGGGAGAAGCACCCGGGGCUCCAUGACCAGGACGUGCUCAACCUCAUCAAGCGCGAUCCCUACCUCGCCCAGCUCGGCGUCAGGAUCAGGUUCCUCAGCACCGACCUCUUCGGCGGCCUCUGCGAGCACGGCCGGAGCCUGAGCACGGUCUGCACCAUGCACGCCAACUGCUGCAUCGGCCUGCGCCGGAAGAUCGACGACCUUGGGCUCAUGCUCCAGGACUGGAGGAGGUUCAUGGCGACGCCCGAAACGGACAGGCAUUUUGUCACCUGGAGUGUGCCCAGGAAUUGCAGUAUGAAGAAACUGGAGCGGUAGGAGACUGAAAAGAAGACUUUUUUCUCAAAAAAAAAAGACUUUUAACUGCAAUGUGUUAGAUUAGAGCCUUGUCUGUACUCUGUACCAUAGAUGAGAUGGCUGGCACCAACCAAAUGAACCUGCAGCUAACUGUCGUUGACAAAUACUAUUGCUUUUGUUAAAAAGUACUCGCUCUGUCCCAAAAAAAAACGAAUUCUC